GACAGGGAUGACCAAUCUCUUUUUCCAGUCAUGGGGAAUGGUACCUGAAUGCCAUAGAGCAGUCAAGACAGCAUGCAACCCAAGCAUCAUGGCCUCACCCCCUGCUUUGAGCAGCUCCACACUGAUGUUACAAAUGCCAGCUGCCUUUCCACCCCUCAACUUUGCCACAGCCUCUUUGACAUCAUCAAUGGAGGGUGCAUUUUCAUCAAUGGGUGGAUUAGCAUCCAGCAUCUGUAACCCUGCAGUUUGGAGCUAUACACUUGGAGGAUCCACCGUGAACAGCUGCUUAAAGUACUUAGCCCAACAAGCCAUCUGCCCAUCUGCGUCUGAUAUGAGGUGGCCAUCUGCUGUUUAGAUUGCGCUUGUUUGAGAUGUAGACUUUGAGCAGAGUUUCUUCAGGGCUUGAUAUGCAGGUUGGAGGUCAUUAGCAUUUAAAUGACACUCUACAUCUUCAAUGAGACCCCUGACAUACCUCUCCUUGUCUCUCCUCAGGAGAGCUUUAGUCCUACAUGACAGAGCCCUGUACUGGUCGUGGUUCCUAGGAAGUCUAGCAGCAUGACUCUCCUCAAUACUGUCCAGCAUCUCUACCGAGGUGAAGCCACUCUGUCACCGUGGGCGCUCCCCAUUGCAUUCCUUGGCAGCCUCAAGAGUCUCACAUUUGAAGAGCCAACAAGGACAAGAAUGGAGCCAGAAAGUAUGGAGGUGGAUUCAACAAAAGACAACAGGCUUGAGCCAGAAGAAAAACAGGACAGUGCUGUAGAAAAGGAGACAACUGAGGAAGACCAUUCAACUGCUGCAGAAAGUGAUGAACAGUGUGAUAUGUCUUCUGCAGGUGUUGGUGUGGUGAUCAUGGAUGGAGACUUGACCCCAUCAGAGAUUAUUGAUAUUGAUAAAAGUGUUUCAGAGCAGCAGUGCAGUGAAGGCAAUGACAUCCAGGAUCAGGAAGGCAACAAUGACGAGCAAGCAAAUCCUCUUAGUACUGCAGAUGAACAAGAGAACACAGACAAGCCAGAAUUGGAGGCUGAUGCAGUGGAGAUGUCCAGUGCUGAAGAGUCAAAUAGUGAAGGCAAUUGCUUGGUGUCAAAAGUCACAGAAAAUGACACCUCAUUGGAUAAACAGUCUGUGGUCUCAAGUUCAGGUGAGAGAUCUGAAGUGACUGAAACACAGGAGGGGGAGACAUGUUCAGGGGAUGCUGAUGGCAAUGCUGGUGCUGGUGCUGAUGCUGAUGCUACACAGAAAGCAAGUGUGGAGAGUAUUGUUGUGGGUAAAGAGGAUGACAAUGAAGACAUAGUUGAGCUCCCAGUUCAUAGAAAGCCAGCUGUACUUGUUGACUUGUCAGAUGAUGAUGAAAAUGUUGAUAAGAAUCAGAAAAAAAAGCAAAACAAAGAAUGUAAUGAUGACUUAAGUGUUAUGGAAGACAAGGCAGCUAGCAAUGAAAGCAAGAAAAUCAAACUUCGCUCUUUGGCUUCACUUGUGGAUGUUGCUGGAGGGGACGACGUGCCACACCCGGACAUUCCAGGCAUUGGAGAGAUAGUGGAGCACGGUGUGAUCAUUGGCUCAGAAGAGAUGGAUGGCCUUCAGUUGAGAAUCUCCAAUGUGGUGGGUGGUGAGGACUGCAUCACAGGUCUCACUGUAGACGAGGACCGUGACGCCUUCUCCAGCAUUCAGAUCUCCUCUGUGACGACACUCAUUGACCCCAUAAGCCCUGAGGACCCUAACCAGAUAGACAACAGUGAUGAGAACCACAUGGUGGAUGAAGAGAAUGAAAAGGAAAUUGAAGAGAAUCUGCCAUGUCGUCUUGUGAGCAGCACCUCAACUGCUGAGCCUCAGAGCAGCAGUGCAGGAACAGCGGCCAGUGACAGUGUGGACCUGACAAAGGAUGAUGGAAAGAAGUCUGCAGAAAAAAAUGACGAUUCCUCUGAGACAGAAAAGUCUUCAAAUAGAAAAGAUUUGACUGACUCAGGAUCAGCAGGUCCCAAAAUCCGACUAAGCACAGCUGCGACGGAAGUUGGAAAGGAUGCAGGGAGCAAGGAUGAGAGCAGCCCACCCCGCCACGUGUACCACAUCCUGCGCAGCAUUCUCACUGUAAAGAGAGAAUGCGUCCUAUGUUCCAGGAAUGUCCAGUGUCAAUUCAGAAUUGUUAAGAAGGAUGAAAAUGGAACAUGGGCCUUCCUGUGUUCAACAUCAUGCCGUGCCAAGUGGACCUCUGGACUGAUGCCCAAUCAUGUAGUGGAAAAACCUCGUCUGAUAUUUGAGAAGUUGUGUGGGAUGUGUGGGAAGGAUCUAGCCAGUUUAGCUCGUGAUGGACAAUACUCCUGGGAAACAAGGGAAUUUUGCUCAAAGGACUGUUUAACUCAGCAUCUGAAUGAAGUGGCAGGCGUGUGUCACAUGUGUCAUGAAAAGGUGCGCCUGAUACUCAUUGGGAAAUACUGUGUCCGAUUUGGGUCUGACAUACACCAGUUUUGCUCCAAUCAUUGUCUUGAAUGCUACAAAACCAAGAUAAAAGUUUGCUGUUACUGUCAAAAGAAUCUUGAAACUGUCGCAAAAGUUACAUCUAUUUCAAAUAAAGAAUACUGCAGCUCAAAAUGUUUAAAGCGGGCACAGCGAAGGGACAUUGGCCAACAGAACCACACUGACCAGUAUCCUUGUACAGUGUGCCAGAUCAUCAGCCUCAAUCGAUAUGAGUUUGUCACCAAUCAGGAAUCUUACCAGCUGUGUUCAGAUCCUUGCCUCAAUGUCUACAAAUAUGCAAAUAAAGUCAAAGCAGUUCCCUGUUGCUUAUGCUUCCGCGUGAUGAAUGCAGAGGACGUGGCACACUACCUGUACCACGGAGGCCAUCAGCUACGGGUGUUCUGUUCAGAUUCCUGUGUGAAUGUAUUCAUCUUGUCUGCUCGAAAAAUUGUUGUCUGUGAGGCAUGUAAGGUUAAGAAAUACAACUUUGACAUGAUUCAUCGACAAGUUGAUGAAGACUUCAGAGACUACUUCUUCUGUUCAUUAAACUGUCUCGACUGUAAAGAACCAAUUGUCAAUGGGAAGAAAAGCAAGAAUGGAGGGACUGCAGCAGCAUCACCAAAAAGUGGGUCUGUCACAUCAAAUGUUGUCUCUGAUCAACCUGUCACCAAUUGCAACAUGUGCAAUGCUAUGGCCAAGGCUCAGUACCACAUGGUCAUGUCUGACAACACACUCAGAAGUUUUUGUCGCUAUGCCUGUGCUUCCAAAUACAAAAAUACUUUUGGAUUCCAAGUGAAUGGAAUUCAGAGUUCAGACUCUUCUGAGAACAGCAAUUCAGUUCCAGUUUUGCGAGAGAAAGUCCUUCAAAAAACUCCUUCAAGUCAACCAGAAGAACCAGAAAACACUUCUCAAACCAAGAAAAAAAUUGUCUGUGAUGCAGCAGAGGACGUCAGUUCUGUGACGGCAGAGCUAUUGAGGCUUCUCACACCACCUACCAUGGUGAACAAGACAACCUCCUGUCGACCACACACCACCACCAAAGGAGUCUACUGCAAACCUCACCCGUGGCACAGGCAAACACAAACAGAGUCUUCAGAUACCGAUUCUAAGGCACCAGCUGUGCUACCUGUGCCAGUGCCCAUCUAUGUCCCCACACCCAUGAUGACGUAUAGCAUGCCGUAUCCAGUGCCAGUGUUUGUUCCUAUACCACUCCCAGUUCCUAUCUUUAUUCCAACCACUGCCAGAACCACCACUGAUAUUGCAAAAAUGAUGAAUAAAAUUCAAGAUGAAAUGCCAGAAGACCCAUAUGAAGCGGAAAUGGUGAUGUUGGCUCGUGCAUCCAGUGAGAGUAUAGAGGCAGAGACGCCAGCGGAGAAAACACAGAAAAAUCCUUCACCACCCACUGCUUGUGAAAACCCAGCUGUCAUUGAUGAACUCAAAGAUGUAGAUGUGUCUUGCCUUGACACUGUGGAGGAUGACAUUCCAAGAUUAUCACUAAAACCUUCAGAUGCUACAAACAUUGUGAACUCCAUGACAGAAGCUGAGAAUGUUGAUUCAGAAGAAGAAGGUGAAGAGCAGAAUCGCAAAAAACGAAAAUUGCAGCAUGAAGAUGGUAAUCCCAAGAAGAAAAUGUUACUAAGUGGGAGCCAUGAGCCUGCGUCUGUCAGUGAUCCUGAGAGGGAACCCCAGUCAACCUCAAGUCUGAGUGCUGUUCACCUAGAAGAGGAGUACCCAGACACCUUUCUCAAUAAAAUGUACGGCCUGGCUGCCUGGAAGAGUUGGGUGACCACAAAGAAUGCUGAGCUGGCUGGAGUGUCAUCCUCCCGGAACAUGAAGAUGAUCUGUGAUGACCUUCUCUCCAUGAACUGUGAGGAGCUGAACUAUGCACUCUGUCUCUUCCUCAAGGAUCUAAGAAAAAAGAAUGGAGAACUGUACCAGCCAGACACUGUCUUCUAUCUUCUGCUUGGUAUUCAGCAACACCUCUUUGACAGUGCAAGAACAGACUGCAUAUUUAUGGACUUAGGUUUUGAGAAGUUCACCAACAGUUUUGAUGAGAUAACAAGAACCUUCGUAAGCCAGUCAUUGCCAUCAGAUGGAGAGUGUUCUAGUAGUUCCAGUACACCAGGAGUGACAAGAAUAACUGAGAGUAUGCUAUGGGAAUGCAGACAGUUGGGAGCCCACACACCACAAGUUCUUCUUAACACACUCUUCUACUUCAAUACCAAGGUCUUCAAACUCAAAACUGUUGAAGAACAUCAGGGCUUGUCAUUCUCUCAUAUUGUUAAACAGUGGAGACGAACAGUUGUGGAUCCUGAAGGCUCUGUCAUGAGAACCAGUCUCCUCAAGUACUUUUGUCCAAAAAAAGAUGGGAAGAAAAAAAAAGCAAUAGAAAUGCAUGAAAACCGAGACGAUCCUUUAAGAUGUCCUGUGAAACUCUUUGAAUUUUAUCUUUCAAAAUGUCCUGAAUGCCUCCGCCAUGAGCAAGCCAUCUAUUAUGUCUAUCCUGAGCGAUCCUGUGUGCCAGACUCUCCAACUUGGUUCUCAAACCAGGCAGUGCAGCAAGCCAGUCUCUCCAAGAUGCUGCAUCGCACCCUCAUGGUGAAAGAAAUCCAGGAAGCACUCAUGGAGUGAUUCAAGGUGUUUUUAAUUUAUAGUGUUAUUUUUGUUAUCGACUGACCUUGGUCUGCAUUCACACUAUUUAGUUUCUUAUCAUGGUUGUUCAUUGCAUCAUCAUCAUAUCAUCAUCAUCAUCAUCAUCAUCAUCAUCAUCAUCAUCAUUUUCAUCAUCAUCAUCAUCAUCAUCAUCAUCAUCAUCAUCAUUAUCAUCAUCAUUUUUAUUAUCUUUCAUUUAAUGUUCUCAUUUGGAUUAAGGGAUUGGGGAGCAUAUGAAUUUCUUCUACUUUUGUAGUCAGAGAUUUCAUGUAUUAGGAGCAAUAAGGUUUCCUCCCCCUGAAUGUCCUUCUCUCACUGGAAGUGGAUUUGAACUGAAGCUGACCUGACUGCAUUGGGCUUCUGACCAAGAUUAUCAAGCCUUCCUUGAGAGUGAUGGUUUCAUGUGAUCCAGUACAUACAUCCCACAGUGGACAAUGCAUUGCUAUGUUCUACACUAACCACAACAUGAUGCUAUAAACAACAAUUCAUUGAAUCAUACAAACAGCUUGUGAACUGCAAUAAACUGAAGAUUGUGCAUAGAUCUUCACAUUAGUUGGUCACAACCAGUCUGCCACCACAGCACCCAAGAUGCUUCAUUGUGCUGCAUCAGCAUUGUACUGCAUGUGGCUGUGACAAGCAGAUAGAUGGUGUGAAAAUAACCUGAGAUAGAUCACAAAUAUCAUUUUAUGGUUAUUUGUUACUUUUAUGAUAUUUUUAUGUGAAUAUUUGUUCGCAAAUAUAUAGUCAUAGCAGGUU